AUGGAAUUCCGAAAUGAUUGCGCGAAAAUCAACGAAAUGACAGCACGAGUUAGAAUGGCUGAGAAUGGUGCACAGUUGGUAAGCAGACUUGAAGGGCGCCAGUCAUUGAGGGACAUUGAACCCAAUAUAUUUCCCGUCGACGGUGGUCCAGGUCAAGGUGACGUCGUGGAGUUUCAUGGCUUGGAGGGCACAGGAAAGACAGAAACCUUGUACCACCUCAUCACCCGCUGCAUCAUGACAGUCCAGAGUGGAGGUCUGGAGGUGGCGGUGGUCUUCGUUGACACUGACUACCACUUUGACAUGCUGCGCUUAGUGAGCGUUCUGGAGGGGCGUUUGGCUGAAGGCUCUAAGGAGGGUGAUGGCUCUGAAAACGAAUCCGAGGAGAGGGUGCGUUCAUGUCUGUGCAGGCUGUCUGUAGUGCACUGCAACAGCUCAGUACAGCUCCUCCUAACCCUACAGUACCUCGAAAACACCUUUUCCAGCCAGCCCUCCCUCGGCCUUCUGAUCAUCGACAGCAUUUCUUCCUUCUACUGGGUGGACAGAUUCAAUGGCGGCGAGAGCACUGUUUGUCAGGAGGCUAACCUGAGAAAGUGUGCCGAGUUGCUGAACAGACUCCGCAGAAACUAUGGCAUUGUGAUUUUUGCCACUACUCAUGCCAUAAUGAGGAACUAUGGAUCUGAUCCAGGGGUGUCAGAAGUGCCCGGCUCAUCAUCAUCAUCAUCAUCUCGCAGGUGGAGGUCAGCUGAUAGCGCUACAGACUUUGACAAGCCCUACCUGUGUAAAGCAUGGCAGAGAAUAGUAACUCACAGGAUGCUGUUCACUAAAAGUCAUGUGUCAAAGGACCACAAGCAGGUUUUCUCCACAGCAUGUACCAGCAUAAUGACCAAAGGUGUCAAAAGAUGCUCGUUUCAUGUCAUGGAGGACGGUAUUAAGUUUGUAUGUGACAAGUGAGCAUGUACUGAAAUUCUCAGCACGGGACAUAUUUGCUUUUGGGUUGUCUCACAAUUAGGAGGGCUACUUGGUGGACAAAAAAAAAAUCUUACAAUUUCCAAUUAUUGUCUGUCAGGGUUAAAUGAUCAAUGCAAUACUUUUUCUGUUUUCUUUACUAAAGAAAUAAUUGCAAUGGACCAUUAAUACAGAAAACUAUGUUGGUUUAUGGUGUAGUUUAAUGAAGACCUUAU